UAAGAGGUGGAACUUGAGCAUCAAAUCAAACCACUUAUCAAAAAAAAGUGAAAUUAGCACCAAAUCUAACCAGAAGAUCCAUCCUUUAAACUGAAUCCAGUCAUUUAUGGCUGUAGCUGGGUCGCACCCUGAUCUCCUCACCCACGGCGUCUUCCUCGAAUCGCAGGGCCCCACGUCAUAUCACGUAGACGUGAUAACCAAUCAGAUGACUCCCUUGUUCUGACGUCCGCCAACACGAUGGCUUCCAUCUGCUUCCAACUAAUGCUACGGGGCCCAAGUCCCUUACCAAACUUUGGAUUGCAACGUGGCAAGAGAAGAUUGGUAAGCCGGAUGAUGAUCAGGAAACGAGGAACCGUGCUUUUGUGACACAUGUCCACCCAAGCGCUCUUGUCAGCGAGCUUUGUUUUUUCACAUGUUUGGGUGCCUCGUAGCAUUUAAAGUUUGCGGCCACGUGCACCCGGCGAGGCCGACCGCCACAGCUGGCGAUUUCUGGUGGUGCGGGGCACCACAUUGCGCCCCCAAGGAAGGCACCCCCAAACGCACCCAAACCACCACCCAGACCCUAAAUCCGACACGCAAAACCUGUGACCUGUCCUUCAAGUGGGACCCACACAAGCCUGGAGAUCUGCCACGUGUGAAAGUCCCCCAGCGGCACUCUUGCCCUCAUUAAAAGUCCCACGUGUGGGCUCACCACGCCUGACGCGUAUUAAAUGACCAUUCCCCCUUCUUGCUUUCUCGACUAAAAAGCAGCUUGGAGCUUUCAAUUCCCUCACUCCUUUCAUGAGCUCGCUCUCUCUCUCUCUCUCACUCAAUCCUCUUCUUCUGCUAGCUGGCUUUGAUUCCCAUAAUGCUUGUCCCCAUGAUCCACUGAGACGAAGUUUUGACGUUUUUCAUAGGCUUAGAUUUGCUCUUCUGAGCUCCUGCAUCUGAGUUGGGUGGCAUGGAUUCGCGCACGGCCAUGGAGCUCUGGAACCCCAUCGGAUCUCAUGCCGGAGAGAGAGACGAAGGCUGAGAACGACUGCAAUAAAUAGGGGGGCCUUCAAUGUCCCGAUGUUUGAGUACGGAAAAAAACCGUUUUAUUUAUAGCUUGGAAAGGUUGACAAAUAGGAAGAAAGCCAUCUCUGAGCCCAGUUCGCGUGAAGCCAUUUGAAUGCUCGGAGAUCGACCGAGUCCCCCACCGAGCUCGCUCGGUUGUCUUUCCCUUUCCUGGAGAAGCUAUGUGACUCCAAGGAGAAGCCAUCCUUUUUUCUGAUACAUGGCGGCUUUCAGUACACUGGAGAGUAACCUCUCGCCGCAUUGAUUUCCAUCUACUUGUUUCUUUACUCUUUUGCUUGUACUCGUCUCCAUGGAGCCAGAGACCAUCUCUCCGAGGUGUUUGCUUCUCUUUCUCUUCUUCCUCUGUUUCUUUCUUGCUCACAUUUCCUCUACUAGAGCUAAAUCUAGCGACGCGGAGGCCCUUUUAGCUUUGAAAGCCUCCAUUGAUCCCUUGGACGCCAUCCCGUGGCGGCGAGAGGCCUCGCCGGAGCUCUGCAAUGGGUGGUACGGAGUUAGGGAGUGCGCUUAUAAUGGGAGGGUCACCAAGCUUGUGCUCGAGUUCCUGAACCUCACCGGCACCCUAACCACGGAGAUCCUCGCUCCCCUCGACCAGCUCCGUGUCCUCAGUCUCAAGUCCAACUCCCUCUCCGGCGCCAUCCCCGACCUCGCCCCUCUCGCCAACCUCAAGUCCCUCUACCUCAACGACAACCGCUUCUCCGGCCGGAUCCCGGCCACCCUCACCGCCCUCCACCGCCUCAAGGUCGUUGUUCUCUCCAGCAACCUCCUCUCCGGCCCCAUUCCAGUGGCCUUCGCCGGAAUCCCCCGGCUCUACACCCUCUGUCUUGAAAACAACCUCCUCACAGGCGAGAUCCCGCCCUUCGACCAGCCGAGCCUCCGCUACCUCAACCUCUCGAACAACAAUCUCUCCGGCGAAAUUCCGGCCACCGAAGCCCUCGCCCACUUCAACCGCUCCUCGUUUCUCCACAAUCCCAACCUCUGCGGCACCCAAAUCAAAUUCCCCUGUUCUGGAAAACCGACCUUUCGGCCCUCCAGCAGUCCAGAAUCCCCCACUUCUUCUGCCACCAAUGCCUUCCCUCCUCGUAUCGCUUCUAAUCACAAAAAAAGCAGCAGAAGAAGACUCGUUGCCAUCGUCGCCGGCCCCAUCGCUGGAGCUCUAGUCCUGUCUGCUUGCCUAGCAUUAGCCGUGUGCUUGGUGUUCAGAAGAAAACGGCAAAGAGUAGCAGGGGGGAGUAGAACUCGGGGAGUUGGAGUGGACAAGUCCUUAGAAGAAGGCGGAGGCGGAGGAGGAGGAGGAGGAGAGGAAGGUGGCGGCGCCGGCGGUGAAGGAAGGAAGGGGGGGUUCUCGUGGGAAGGGGAGGGUCUUGGAAAGCUGAUGUUUUGUGGGGGUGUCCGGGAGAUGUAUAGCUUGGAGGAGCUGCUGAAGGCGUCGGCGGAGACGCUGGGAAGGGGGACGGUAGCGAGCACGUACAAGGCGGUGAUGGAAUCCGGGUUCAUCGUGACGGUGAAGCGGCUCAAGGACUCGGCCCGGCCGGGGGUGGAGGAGUUCCAGCGGCGGAUGGAGGAGCUCGGCCGCCUCCGCCACCCCAACCUGGUGCCCCUCCGGGCGUACUUCCAGGCCAAGGAGGAACGCCUCCUUGUUUACGAUUACUUCCCCAAUGGCAGCCUCUCCUCCCUCAUCCAUGGAUCUCGGCCUUGUGGGAACGGGAAGCCCCUCCACUGGACGUCGUGCAUGAAGAUCGCUGAGGACGUGGCGGCCGGCCUCCUCCACCUCCACCAAUCCUCCCCGCCCGUCGUCCACGGCAACCUCAAGACGUCCAACGUCCUCCUCGGCGGCGACUUCGAGUCCUGCCUCACCGACUACGGCCUCGUCCCAUGGCUACUCCCCUCCCCCGACGACGACGUCCACCUCCCCUCCUCCUCCUCGCUCUUCUACCGCGCGCCGGAGACCCGCCACCCCCGCUCCCGCUCCUUCACCCCUCACUCCGACGUCUACAGCUUCGGCGUCCUCCUCCUCGAGCUCCUCACCGGGAAAACCCCCUUCCACGACCUCGUCGAGGAGCACGGCGCCGACAUCCCCCGGUGGGUCCGCUCGGUGCGCGAGGAGGAGACGGAGUCCGGCGAGGAACCGGUCUCCUCGGGGAACGAGGCCUCGGAGGAGAAGCUGGCGGCGCUGCUGAACGUGGCAAUGGCGUGCGUGGCGGUCGACGCGGGGCGGCGGCCGACCACAAAGGAGGCGCUCAGGAUGAUCCGGGACGCGCGGGUGGAGGUGAUCGUGUCGUCCAACAGCAGCGAGCAUUCCCCCGGGCGGUGGUCCGAUACGGUGCAGAGCUUGCCGAGGGAGUACGGCCCCGAGCAUUUGACUUUCGGAGAGAGGGAUUGAUUUGGGUCUUGCUUGGGUUUUUGAAUUGUUCUUCUCUUCAACGGUCAAGUUGCAGAGUCACUGAUUCAGUGUGGUGUGGUGUGGUGUAAAUCUUUAGAAUUUAGCGAUUUUUGUUCCCCCUUCAUUUGUUUUCCU